CGAGUAAUGAAACUUCGAAAUUGGUGCGGCGCGAGCAGUCUGUGUGGAGGAUGGCGAAUAUUCCCUUCAUGUCUGGCGCAGUGCGAGCUUAGGUGGGCCAGAUGCCCUGAGAUGACUGCCAUCUCUCAUCACUUUGCGCUCAUAUGUGGUCGACCGGACAAGUGUGAAGAUAGAAAGGCGUGGAAUGACGUGACUGCGCUUUUUGCCCUACUUCUGGACGGAAAGUGUAUGGUCCGUGAUGGUGCACUGCCAGCUUGUCUUUUCUCUAAAAGCGCCCCCAACCUCGGAUCGGUACAUCCGUACUCUGCUGCCGGACAAUAUGUUGACUAUUCAAUAGACCGGAACAAGCGCCUCCAUACUCUCCAAUAUGAAAUCGAUAACAAGAAGCUUAUACAGCUCGUAUGGCCCUUGAGAGGGUUGUCUCGUGAUCAUCGGCUCGCAUGGUUUCCGAUCCUCAAACCGAUCGCUGUGGCAUACCAAAACAUUGUGGCACGUCUCUCACACCUAUUUCCGACCUUCGAUGAGUCAAAGUCUCCUCGGCUGCUACUCUACGCCCUUUAGAAUUGUUGGUGGCCUUGUAGGAACCGGGCAAGAUUUCCGCGCGACUGGAUUUGGAUACUGCCUAGCAGGAGCGAGCGGAAAUCACUUUAUGCUUUCAUAGUCAUACUAAUCCCUCUGAUCUCCUAGUCCCUCUGCCAACAUCACGGGAAGUUACGAGACUCGCACGUCUCCUCCUCGCCGACCAUUGUAACUGCUUAGGGUAUAGCUCUAUGUAUCCGCAUUUCCAGAAGUGUAUAAGGACGCCAAGCAUUACAUUACUCGCACUGCGUUCCGCUGAUGGCGUUGUUCUUUCGACCCCCACGGACCAGCUCUAC